ACGUUUUCAGGCGACCGUCUCCAUAGGAACGACGUCCGGAGCGGGAGACGUGACCUCGGUCGGCGGCAAAGUCCCGGACAAAGGAAGAGAAGGUUCGGCAAUCAAUAAAUAUCCCGGGAGAGAGAGAGAGAGAGAGGCUUCUGGAAGACCGCACUCAGGGUUUUGUACUGCCUGUGUUCCCAUGCCUCGGGGAAAGCAGUCCGCGGUGAACUCAACGAGCCAGCGAGGUUCGCAGGCUGGCACGUCUCAGAAGGAUGAGGACUCCGAUAUGGAUGACGUGGGCCCCUCGCAGAGUCCCACCCGAUCGCAGGCCCAGCACAACCUGGAUAAGCUGACGCCCGCUGCUGUCGACAGGAAGAUGAGCGAAGUGGUUCAGUACAUCCUGAUUAUGGAACAGAGAAAGAUCCCGGUGAAACGGAAAGAUAUAAUUAAGCACGUGUUGAAGGAAUACAGGUCAAGAUAUACAGAGAUCAUGAAACGCACUGUCAGAACCUUUCACCAGGUAUUUGGACUGGAUUUGGUGGAAAUUGACACCAAAAACCAUGCCUACAUCCUCGUUAACAAACUGGAUCGUGUUGAGGGUGAUAACAUGAAUUGGGGUGAUGCUACUCCCAAAAUGGGGCUCCUGAUGGUCAUCCUCUCCAUUAUCUUCAUGAAGGGCAACGUGGUGAAGGACUCCUUGCUGUGGCACACCCUCAAGAAGCUUCGGGUCGACCCCAGUGAGAGACACAAUGACUUCGGGGACGUGAAGAAGCUCAUCACCGAGGAGUUUGUCAAACAGAAGUACCUGGAUUACUCCCGAGUUCUCCACACUGACCCCGUGGAGUACGAGUUCCGCUGGGGACCCAGAGCUUCGAAGGAAACCUCCAAACUGAAAGUCCUGGAGUUUGUCGCUAAGAUGCACAACAACCAGGAUCCGAAGACCUGGGCGACGCAGUACAAAGAAGCUCAUCAAGAGGCAGCCGCAUCCUCCAAGAAUUAACCAGACAAAGGGGGCCACCACCCCCCCCACCCCACCCCAUCCGAUUCUCGCCCCCAUCCUCCGCUGCCUUCUCACCCGAACCAAUCGCUGGCCCCCCUUUGCGAACGCCACCUUCUGCCCGAGCUCCUUGACCUGAGCGUCGGGGCCCCUCUUAACGUUCCCGCCACCCUUCUUCCACACACACCCCCCCCCCCACUCGCCUCCCCCUCCGGAAUUCCCAUCUCAGGGGGUGCCCCGCGGCACCGGCUGCCACCUGGGUUGGCACUUCGUCUUUCAGGGAGCCACGAAGCUCGCGCCGACUUUCCCCUCUCCCAAAACCACCCCCCCCGUCCCUACCCCCUUGCCUUUCUGUCUGGGUAUGGACCAUCCCAUCCCACCCCACCCCUCGGGCACUUCCCACGUCUCCUCAGGGUGGUUUCCUACCAGGUCCAGCAACCAGUUGCGUUGGCAUCACCCGUUUUUACAGUCAAGAUGUCGUUUCGCUGUUUGUACCUGUUUCUCUAACUCGGCGCGGUAUCGAUGCUUGCACGCGCGAUUAAAUUGCCCUUCUCUGUCACGACUGUU